GUGUGCGGCAUAUUUGAAUUGAGAUCUUACAAAUUACUUGUUCAGUCGAAUGCUAUUCCUUCAACCCGUCGACCUUCCAGAUCCUGUUUACCGCGAUAUAGUUGCGAGACCUGGUCAUACUUAUGAGAAACCCUGUAUCCUCGUGCUCUACGCCGCAAUACCACCCACACCUACAGUUGACUCCAUUUUGCUUUUUUUUCUUUCAUUCUUACUAUACCCUUGCAUACUAUCGUACCGAGUACAUUUAAUCUGCCCCAUAACGACGAUUACUACGAUGUAUAGUAGCUCGCUUCGCUUCGUCUUGCGCCCUCAGCUCCUUCGCGCGAGUUAUCUCAAUUGGAGACAAUUCUCCACAAACGGCACGCACGGGUAAAUGUUAUCAAUCAAUAGAGAACUCUUACGUCUGCCAAUUCAAAUGUACAACAUAUUGAGGCUUUCAAUCUUGUGUCUCGGGAUAUACGGCAUAUCCCCCAAGAGUUUAGUGUUUGAAUUUUAAUUGUUUAAAUUAUAUGGAUUAUUUUACA